GAGGGCGACAGAAGGAUGGACUCUGCUGGAGUGAAGAUGGAGGCCGUUGGCCCGGCGGGACUGGCGCAGCUGCUCAAGAUGCCCACCCUCACCAAAAGCUCAGGUUUUGAACCAGAGCUACGGCGAUCCAAGAGGUCAGUGUUUUUACACUCCGGAGUGAGAAUCUGCCCCCAGGAGACCAUCAGUGAGGUGAUCGCCAGCCACCAGGCGUACUACCAGCUCAGAGUUUGUCAGGAGGCGGUGUGGGAGGCAUUCAGGAUCUUCUUCGACAGGAUUCCGGGGACGGCCGAGUACCAGCGAUGGGUUCACACGUGUCAGCACGAGUCGCUCUGCAUCUCUGACCUCGCCAAAAACUUCAGCGGCUCAGAGGAGCACAUGAGCAUGAUUCAGCGGAGGAUGGACCGGCUGAGAGACAGGAGGCCUUCAUCACGGGGAGCGACGACUCCGGCACCGACGCAGAAGCUCCCAGAGAUCACAGGUCCUGAGGCUCAGACCAACGCCCCGUCAGCGCCCCCAGUGCUCGUCACCAGCACCGCCGUCCUCUUCAGUUCUACGAGUGUCUCUUCAAGCCCCGCCCCUGACACGACCCGCCCUGCCAAGGAGCUCGAAGAGGACUCAGAGCUUCCAAACAUCGUCCCAGAGAGUCUGGUGGAGCAGAUCGUGGAGUUCAGUAUCGACCUGGUGGAUCCGGGUUACAGAGAGCUGCUGGAUGACCCGGAUUCCCCUCAGUACAUCGACCUGGCACAACACCUGCAGGACCAGAUGCAGCAUGUCUUUGACAAACUUCCUGGAUUUAGAUCCAUCCAUGUGCUGGGUAUCAGCGAGACCCAGGACGCUGACGGGCCUGGAGGAAUCUCGGUGCACUACUCUCUGGUCUUUGAGGUCAGUUCGCCUCAAAUCACCUCUGAGAUUUCAGAGAAUGCGACUGAUACGCCCAAGUCUUCCUCAGCCAACUCUGCACUCAGGGAAAUGGUGACCAAGGCUCUGCGUGAGGAGGCGUCCCUUCCAGUCGACCUGGAUUCAAUUAACUUUGAACCAGAAAAGAUCCUCCUACCAGCAUUGAGAGCCACUGCUUCAGUUGGAGUAAUGAAUCAGUCCAGCGAGCCUGAUUCACACAACGAGUUGGAAAUUUCCACUGUGGAGCCAGAGGUUGACAAACCCUGGCCGGCAGUUUCCCUCACCCCCAUGGAGAAGGAAAAUGCCCUGGUGAUCCUGCUUGACCCGACAGCAGUCCCAGAUGAUGAAGUGACAGCGGUGACCGGUGGGGUGGCAGAGGGCAGCGAUCAUCUCCCGAGCUCAGAGGACGUUACUGAUGAGUCGAUUUAUGUGAGUGAACCCGGGCCAUCAAAGAAAGAGGGGAAGGGAGAAGAAUUGUUGAUCAUUACACAUGAGAUUGAAACCAUUCAUCAUGAUGAAACCGGUGAACUUGUGCGAGACUACAUUCCCACCCCUCCUGCACUUCUUGAGCUGGAGACAGAUGCUCCCUACGUCAGUUUGUCUCCUAACCUGAUACCAGAGGGAGACCUGAGUCCUGUUGGUGAAGACAGAGAAGGUCCUAGAUUGGACACUGUUCAGAUUACCCCUACCGCUAAUAUUAAAUUCACUACAAUUCCUGCUGCAAAAGAGGCGCCUGAUGUUAGACUCUUCAUCACAACACUCUCCACCAUCACAGCCCAGCCACCCACAAAGCCAACAGUGAUACUUCAUGAAGACGAAGAAGAAAAUGCUCUUCCAAAGGACAAAGAGGAGGUACAUUUGGGUGUCUCUAAAACCCACGAUGCUGGUGAUAUUUCAGAAACAAAGGAUGUUUCAGAGUUGGAAAAUAAAGAGGGCCUGCUCGAACCAGAAAGAGGGUUGGCAGUUGAACCUGAUGAAGAAUCGCUCAUGGUUUUGCAGCCAACUGUUGAAGUUUCAGAGACAGUCAAAGAAGUAUCUGAAGUUUCAGAGAAAGUCAAAGAAGUAUCUGAAGUUUCAGAGCCAGUCAAAGAAUCAGCUGAAGUUUCAGAGACAGUCGAAGAAGUAUCUGAAGUUUCAGAGACAGUCGAAGAAGUAUCUGAAGUUUCAGAGACAGUCGAAGAAUCCGCUGAAGUUUCAGGGACAGUCGAAGAAUCAGCUGAUGUGUUUAAACUAAAAGAAGUAGUAGCUGAAAUUUCCAAGGUAGAUGAACUUCAAGAACCUGAAAAAGAAGGAGCAACUGUUUCAGACCCUGAUGAAAAAGUAGCUGAAGUAUCAGUUGAAAAAGAAGUACAUGGGGUUUCUGAACCAGAAAAAGAAGUGCCUGAAGUUUUAGAGCCAGACCAGGAAGUAUCUGAAGUUUCAGAACCAGUCAAAGAAGUAGCUGAGGUUUUCAAACCAGACAGAGAAGUGCCUGAAGUUUCAAAGCUAGAAAAAGAAGUAUAUGAGGUUUUUGACAUGGAUAAUGAAGUGCCUGAAGUUUCAGAGCCAGUAAAAGAGGUAGCUGUAGCCUCAGAGCCAGGUCAUAAAGUAGCUGAGGCCUCAAAACCAGAUCAAGAAGUAUCUGGGCCUUUGGAGCCAGAUCAAGAAGUACCUGCGCCUUCUGAGCCAGGUCAAGAACUACCUGCGCCUUCGGAGCCAGGUCAAGGAGUACCUGCGCCUUCUGAGCCAGGUCAAGAAAUACCUGCACCUUCAGAGCCAGGUCAAGAAGUACCUGCCCCUUCGGAGCCAGGUCAAAAAGUACCUGCGCAUUCAGAGCCAGGUCAAGAAAUACCUGCGCCUUCUGAGCCAGGUCAAGAAGUACCUGCGCAUUCAGAACCAGGUCAAGAAAUACCUGCGCCUUCAGAGCCAGGUCAAGAAAUACCUGCGCCUUCGGAGCCAGGUCAAAAAGUACCCGCGCCUUCAGAGCCAGGUCAAGAAGUACCCGCGCCUUCGGAGCCAGGUCAAGAAGUACCCGCGCCUUCAGAGCCAGGUCAAGAAAUACCUGCGCCUUCAGAGCCAGGUCAAAAAGUACCCGCGCCUUCAGAGCCAGGUCAAGAAGUACCCGCGCCUUCGGAGCCAGGUCAAGAAGUACCCGCGCCUUCGGAGCCAGGUCAAGAAGUACCUGCCCCUUCGGAGCCAGGUCAAAAAGUACCCACGCCUUCGGAGCCAGGUCAAGAAGUACCUGCGCCUUCGGAGCCAGGUCAAGAAGUACCUGAAGUUUCUGAAGUAGACAAUGAAGUGCCUGAAGUUUCAGAGCCAGUCAAAGAGGUAGCUGAAACCUCAGAGCCAGGUCACAAAGUAGCUGAAAAUGCAAAACCAGACACAAAAGUGCCUGAAGGCUCAGAGCCAGGUCAAAAAGUACCUGAAGGCUCAGAGCCAGGGGAAGAGUUUGUAGUAGAAUCUCAAGAAGGUGCCGUUUCAGAGUCAGAUGAAGUAAUUACAGAAGUAAUUACUACUCUAGGUAUUGAAGAGAAGGACCUUGAAGUUUCAGAGCCCAAGGCAGAAGCAGAAGAUAGCACCGUCAAAGAUCUGACAGAAGAAGCACUGCAUGAACAAACCAGUGUUUUACAACCAGAAGAGGAAAAAGCAAAAAUUACAGAAGAGGUUAAAAAAAUAGAUGAAAAUUUAAUUCCAACUUUGCAGCCUGAGCCCAAUGUGGGGGAUGUUAAAGAACCAGAGGAAGAGUCACAACUCACAGGUGUAGAAGAUGUUUCAGAACCAAAAGGAGAGGUGGUUGAUGCCGCAGGAUCAGAAAAACUAGUGCCAGAGGCCUCUGAACCUGAAGCAAAAGUAAUUGAGGAAGAGCCAGCUGAUGUGAAACCAGCAGAAGAAGAGGUUCCAGCACGAGAUAAUAAAGAUGUCGAAAGAAAGGAGGAAGAGGUUUUGCGGGUAGAACAAGUUAAACCUCCAGCAGAAAAAACUGCAGAACCAGAAACUGCACCGACAAGGGAAAGCCAAGUACCCAAAGUAACAGAAAUGGCACCUGUGGAAGUUUGGACUGCAGAAUCAGAAAAGGAGCAAGAAGAAGUACCAGAACCGACUGAGUCGGUGGUAGAGAUGAAAAAGGUACCAAACGAACCAGGACCUGGGAAAGAUUUAGAAGUACUGGAUGUAACUGAGGUCCCACUACCACAAUCUGAAGAAGUCGUGGAACAAGUGAAGGUUGCUGAAAGCCCAAAACCAAAAGAAGCUUCUCAACUUGUCAAAGGCACAGCUGACAGUUUACCACCAGAGGAAAAGCUACCAGAAGCCUCAGAGCCAGAAUCUAAAGAAGAGGUAAUAGAGGAAGUCCAACAAUCAGAAGGGGAGCAUCUUCAUGGCCUAGAAUCGGAUCCAGGGGAGGGGAUAGUAGAGAUGUUAGAACCAGAACCUAAAAAAGAUGCUACUGAGCCACCAGCUGAAUCAAUUAAAAUCCUGCACCCCUUGGAUGGUGUGGACAACCUUCCUUUUGGAGAGGAUGCUGUUCAGGUCAUUGAAGAUAAAAACCUCCUGCAUCCUGUCAGACCUGAUUAUCAUCACCCAGCAGAGGAGCAUAAUUUACCCGUCAUACCAGUCCAGCCUUCCAGCGAAGAUGUAGUCAAACCUGACCAUGACUAUCCCAUCAUUGAUCAUUUUUACAACGAGGAGGAUGUAGAGAGUGUAGACGCUCAGGUGGAGCAUGAAACCGAUUCCGCCACAAUGACAGAAACGACAAAAGGCGAUUCACACUUGGAGACAAUCUCUGAUAUCACAGAAGUGACAGCUGCAGACACGACAGGCACAUCAGAGGGCACAGAAGCCACUGAAGAGUUGCCAGAGGAGACACAAAAAAGUGAUUUAUCCCCAGAAACAGACAUCAGUGUGACAUCACCACCCGCUUCAUACUCAUUGCCUACACCUCCAGCAACUUCUGUCGAUGUUUCUGAAGUGUUUUUACCCAUCCCAGCAAUUGACUCUGGACUCUUUGAGGUAGCAGAGGAAUCUGAAGUCCCCAUUGUUACUGAGUCUCCUGAGGGUGAUAGCGCUGAGCCGGAGGUCGAGUCAGAGCAAAGCGAGCCAGCUGUCGUCAUUAUCGAUGAAGACUUGGGAGGCUACGUAAAAAAAGAAGGCGGAAGCCCCACCACCCCGCCGGAUGCUACCGAAGACAUGGUGGAAGAAGCUGUGCAGGACCUGGCUGUGGAGCUGGAUCAAACCAGCGUGGUGGCCACAGAACCAAAUGAGCUCCUGGAAAAGGGUGAAGAGGGGAGUGGCUUCUUGUCUGUGCAGGAGGAACACAGGACCAUCGUCACCACGGCCACACCUCCACUGAGAUACCUAACCACUCCCACCAUGACCUCGGCCAGCCACGGCCGGGAGCUGGUGGUGUUCUUCAGCCUGCGCGUCACUAACAUGGACUUCUCUGAGGACCUCUUCAACAAGACUUCGCCUGAGUACAGGUCCCUGGAGAACACCUUCUUAGACGUGCUGCUGCCGUUCCUGCAGGCCAACCUGACAGGCUUCAAAAAACUGGAGAUCCUCAACUUCAGGAAGGGCAGCGUGGUCGUCAACAGCAAGAUGAAGUUCGCCAAGUCGGUGCCGUACAACAUCACCGAGGCGGUCCACUGCAUCCUGGAGGAGUUUUGCACCGCUGCCGCCAAGAAGCUGCACAUCCAGAUUGACACCCACUCUCUGGACAUCGAACCAGCUGAUCAGGCCGAUCCCUGCAAGUUCCAAGCCUGCGGUGAGUUUUCUCGCUGCGUGGUGAACGCCUGGACGAAGGAGGCGGAGUGUCAGUGCCAGUUGGGCUUCGUGUCAGUGGACGGCCUGCCCUGCCAGAGCCUGUGUGUCCUCCAGCCGAACUACUGCCAAGGAGGGGAGUGCCGCAUAGUUCCCGGAUACGGAGCCGUGUGCAGACACAAAGACGGCUAUUCCCUCCCAGGCCUUUCCAGUUAAGAGAAUAUAAAGGAUCGGACGGCACCUGAGAACACCACCACAGG